AUGGCGCGCGCUAUCCCUACAGACGUCGUUUCGGACCGGUCUUCGCCAGAGACAACUCGCUCGGACAAGGAAAACCACCAAGCAUCGGCAAGGAACCGCAAGAGAGGAAGCAUGGCCUCGAGGCCCAAUACGAAUAAGCGACAGCGCCUAGCGGAUAGAACAUCGAAUAUCCAAGGCGGUACACAGUCACAAGUUCCAUCAUCGCAAGCAGUCAGGAAUAAUAGAUUUUAUGAUCCUGAUCAGGAUGAGACUGAAAGAAGAUGGCUUCGGAAGGGUCUGAGAGACCUGACGCGGGAUCUCCAUGAUUCGCGUAGCGAAUACCUACAGGCCGGGAAUCAUGGAAUCCGAGAUACGGUUAAGAAAGCGAACGAUUACUUCGACCAUGUCAAGCAGACUUCGGACGCCACGAUCGACUCCCGUCUUCUCGUCAGCGCAGCGGAUCUAUCGUACAAGAAAACAACGCAACUCUCGAUGGGCGAUGCGACAGCAGGUAUUGAUGUGGAUGAGUUUGUUUCGAAAUGUAUAACGUUUAUGCGCCGCGGCCCGGAAGACUCGCACGCAAUGCUCGCCAGCAGCACCCAGCGUAUCCGCCCUCGUGCAGCCGGCAGAUCGCAACCAGACCCAGAAGCCGAUAGCGAUGAUGAGGAUGAAGGAGAUGCUAUGAAUUGGGAUUGGCUUGGCCGUUCGGCUUGUUUCCAGCAUAAUGCUCGACCACCCGUAUCGGGCUUCUUGCUGGGUCCCCUGUCGGUCCAGAAGCGCACGCGGCAGCAGACUCAGCGGAAAGCUCGAGAGCGCAUCGAUCCUUCGCAGGCUGUUCGACCUCAGGAACUUCAAGAGGAAGAUCUUGACCGACAAGAGACGUCCAACCUGACGACCAUGUGCUCGAAGAUCAACAAGUUGCUCGCCACAACACAAGAGCAACGCAUGGAAACAGUAGACAGGAUUCUAAGACAAAUGGAGGACCCUAGCGAUGAGGUAAUACACGAGGUGAUGGACAAGUAUGAAAUUGCUGAUGAUGGCGGCAUUCCGCUGUUCCUCUUCUGCAUCAACCCGAGGUCAUUUGGACAGAGCGUGGAGAAUUUAUUCUACGUUAGUUUCUUGGUGAGAGAUGGCACAGUGGGUAUUUCUUUCGACAGCCGGGAAUUGCCAACACUACAUCCUACCAAACCAUACGCACCAAUCGAAGCCCAGAAGAAGGGUAUUCAAAAGCAUCAAGCCGUCUUCAGCCUUGAUUUUGAGACAUGGCAAGCUAUUAUCGACCUGUAUGAUAGAAAGGACUGCAUUAUCCCGCAUCGUCAAGAGGAACAGCAGACCAGGCGUGGUUGGUAUGGUUGA